CUUUUGUCUUUGAUAAAUAUGUACAUACAUAUACUUGGGUAUAUUUAACGCUAUGCUUAGUCUAAUCUAGAUUUUUUACCUGUCGCUGGAUCAUGAGCCUCAUCUGCUUGGCGUUUGCUGAUUAGAGAUGGAUAUUUUACUGGUGCUCGAGCUCGCGCACGACCUUGUGAACCUUUGGCUAGUUGAACCUUCGUGCGGCGAUUUUUUUUGCUGCUUAUCUGAUAGUUCUAAACGUUUGUACAAGGAAGAAAGAACGUAUUCAUUAUUAGUUCCUAUCUCACCACCCUCUCUUCCCUCUGUCUCCCUCCCUUCCUCAUCAUUUGAAUCGCUGUCGUUGUCUUCAGUCGUUGCUUUCUUCUUGCGAGUCGCUGGUCUAGCAAAUUGGGAGAGCACUGCCAAUCUUACUCGCAACGCCUCCCCAUCGCAUUCCUUGAGAUGUUCAUACACUGUCGUUAAUUGUUUCAGAUACUCCUUCUCUGUGUGGUAUAGAGCACUUUUAAUCAACCCGGCAGGAUCGUCGGGGCAUAUACUUUGUGCUGCUUUUUUUCAAACACGCACGAAGUCGAUCAGUGCACUUGACUUGUUUGCUUAUUGUGAAAUCUUUGAACUUUUCAUUUGAUGCUACCUUUCGGGUACUAUCUCCACCGAAGUAAUUGAUGAAGGAGAAAUCGACCGCAAGCCGAGCUUCCUUCUCAUGCUGACGAUGUACAGUAGUUCUGUAAUCAGUUGUAUCAAAGAAAGAUGCUCGAAAUCGAUACUCCCUAUCAGGUAGAAUAGGCAUAGGAAUUUCUAACACGGACGCCCCAUACAAGCGCUUCCUCUGGCAUGCACAUCUACAGUUUUCGCAAUCUGGAUGACCACCUUUUGAUGAGCAACAUUCCUUGCAAUCCUUAAUUUGCCUACAUCUCGGUAUGGUUGUUUGACACAAAGAGGGUACCAAUUCACUUGUAUAUGAUAUGUUGCGUACUGAAAUGGAUUGAAUUCGUGAGUUGACAAUGCACUAGACUGUUGUUGUAACCUUUACAUGAGCAGGGGAGAUAACUCCGCUUGCUUUAUUUAUGAUGUCAGGUCGAAGGUUUUAUAUUGAUACUAUAGGCCUCCUAAAUUGGGGUUGUUGUACUGCAAGUUCAAUGCAAUCUCAUUACUGGUCACUAGUAUAUUGUUUGACCAGUCAUUAGUGCAUUGAAUGACCGAUUUCACAUUGAAC